AUGAAAUUCAUCUCACUGGCCACUUUGCUCAUGUCUGCCACAGUGAUAGCUGCAGCUACCGGUGCAUCUAAAAUCACCCCCAUCGGCCAACCCUGCAACCAACCUCACGCUCGUGAUGAGGGCAGACAGACUGCUUGCGUGAUCAUAUACGUUGUGACAGCGACCACAGGCGGGUCCUUGACGAAGUCUGCGGAGUCUGGGCAGACCUCUUUCCUAGAUGUACGCAGAAUUGCUCAGCCUUCAAGGGUGGCUGGCAGCAUCGAGGCGUGCAAUGCUCCAGAGGUUGGGUUUGUACUCUACAGUCUCGUGCUGCGAGGAGAUAUCGAGCUCUUGGAUGAGUCUGGAGUCGUCGGAGGGGAUAUUGGUUUAGAGUAG